UCUUUCAAUAAUACAAAAUGUCCAAGAGAGGACGUGGUGGUUCCGCGGGAGCGAAGUUUAGGAUCUCCCUUGCUCUUCCUGUUGGAGCAGUAAUUAAUUGUGCAGAUAACACAGGAGCCAAGAACUUAUAUGUUAUUGCUGUACAAGGUAUUGGUGGACGUCUUAACCGUCUGCCAGCUGCAGGAUCUGGGGACAUGAUUGUAGCCACAGUCAAAAAGGGUAAACCAGAACUCAGGAAAAAAGUCAUGCCUGCAGUAGUCAUCAGGCAGAGGAAACCAUUCAGAAGGAAGGAUGGUGUCUUCAUUUACUUUGAAGAUAAUGCCGGGGUCAUUGUCAACAAUAAAGGUGAAAUGAAAGGAUCAGCCAUCACUGGUCCAGUUGCAAAAGAGUGUGCAGAUUUAUGGCCCAGGAUUGCAUCAAAUGCAAGCAGUAUUGCUUGAUGUGUAUAUGUUUAAGAAAAAUAAAUUAGGAUAUUGUUCUU